UAGUACCGAAAAAGAGUGAAAAGAACCCCUCCGAGUCCCAUUUUCACGGGCCGGAGCCCUCACUUUAUUUGAAAGACCGCCCUCGUGAUCUCGAUUUCUCCGUAGACCCGACAGAAAAAGGUCAAAGGCGAGACUAUCUCUAGCGAUCAAAUAUGUUCAGGCUUUACAAAGGUUUCAAGGAGCUGUUAGCUUCCUCUGCAACGGCGUCGGUACCGUCGACAGCAGCCAAGUUUUAUGCUGCUACUGCUGCGAAAUCAGCUUCUCCAAAAGUGGCUCAGAAAACUCCGAAAAAGCCGACCGCUUCAAAACCCAAGACUAAAAAACCAGCUGCUCUUCGAUCCGAGACUCGACCCACUGGGAUUUCUAAAGUUACCCCGGUUUCUCCUGCUUUGGGACAGUUUCUUGGAGCUCAACAGGCUUCCCGUACUGAAGCUGUUAAGCAGAUCUGGUCCUAUAUCAAAUCCCAAAAACUCCAGAAUCCCAAUAACAGGAAGGAGAUCUUUUGCGAUGAGAAGCUUAAGACCAUUUUUAAUGGAAAAGAAAAGGUAGGUUUCCUGGAGAUUGGGAAAAUGUUAACCCCUCACUUUGUGAAGACUACCUAGCCUAUAUUCUCCUAUUUGGCCCUCGGUUGCUCAAUAAGCAACAUCAAGCUAGCUCUUUCCAGUGUAUGUUAAUGUUUUGCCUUUUGUUUCGGUAGCUGAACUCUCUUGGGGUGGGCUUGCAACUAAGAAGGUUCUAGUUGAACUUUAGUAUAAAGAUUUAGUAGGGACUAGGAAGUGAAAAUGUUGCAUAUUAAUAUGGUUUCCUGAUUUCAGUAUUACUGUUUAUGGUCUUUGAUAAACUUGUAGUUUAAUCGUUUGAACUACGAGAAACCGUUGUUGACAUUAACAUUCGAAGUUCACCCUGUAAAAGCUGCCUUGUUUAUGGUGCGACAAUUAAUGUCAUUUCGAAGAUUAUCUGUA